AUGCCUUCGUUGAGGACUAUCAUUCAAUUUUUUGCUAUUGUGUUUAUAUUAUUUAACUUCUCAGAAUCUACGGAUUCAACGGCGAGAAAGGAAUCAAAGGAGAUACUAGUUGGGGGGGAGGAAGAUGGAUGGAAAAUCCCACCAUCUCCCUCUCACUCUCUCCAAGAUUGGGCUAAAAAAACCCAAUUUGAAGUUGGCAAUACACUCGUUUGGAAAUAUAAUGGCAAAAUCGAUUCAGUACUGAUUGUGACGGAAGAAGAUUAUAAAGAUUGCAAGACAUCUAAACCAAUCAAAGCAUACAGUGAUGGUCAUACUAAAAUUAAGCUAAAGAAACCCAAAAAUUUGUAUUUUAUCAGUGGUGCUAAAGGACAUUGUGAGAAGGGUCAGAAGUUUGAAGUUAUCGUGUCGUCCGACAAACACCAUCCAAAGGAUCAUAGUCCGACCCCUUCUCCGGCACAUAAGUCUCACAAACGCCAUCCAAAGAAGCAUAGUCAGACCCCUGCUCCAACACCUGACUCUAACAAACACCAUCCAAAGAAGCACAGUUCGACCCCUGCUUCAACAUUUGACUCUGACAAACACCAUCUAAAGAAGCACAGUUCGACCCCUGCUCCAACACCUGACUCUGACAAACACCAUCCAAAGAAGCAUAGUCCGACCCCUGCUCCAACACAUGACUCUGACAAACACCAUCCAAAGAAGCACAGUCCGACCCCUGCUCCAACACUUGACUCUGACAAACACCAUCCAAAGAAGCACAGUCCAACCCCUGCUCCAACACCUAACUCUGACAAACACCAUCCAAAGAAGCACAAUCCGACCCCUGCUCCAACACCCAACUCUCACAAACACCAUCCAAAGAAGCACAAUCCGACCCCUGCUCUGACACCUCAGUCUAGCAAACACCAUCCAAAGAAGCAUAGUCCGACCCCUGCUUCGGCACCUGAGUCUAACAAACAUCAUCCAAAUAAGCAUAGUCUAACCCCUGCUCCAACACCUGACUCUGACAAACACCAUCCAAAGAAGCACAGUCCAACCCUUGCUCCAGCACCUGAGUACUCCAACGAACACCAUCCAAAGAAGCUCAAUCCAACUCCUGCUCCGACACCAACUGAAUUUGACAAACACCAUCCAAAAAAGCACAGUUCGGCCCCUGCUCCAACACCAAACUCUAGCAAACAUCAUCCAGAGAAGAGCAGUCCAGCCCCUACUCCGACGCAUGAUUCUUUUGCUACCUUUUAA